UGAACAUUUUGUGUUUUCAGCGGUGGGCACAGAUUUGCCAGUAUGGGGGAAAAGGGUCCGGCAGGAGGGGCACAGUCUUCUGAAGGGGAGAUAAAGCUCUCGGGGGAUGAGGAGGAGCUUCUGAAUCUGGAGGACGAAGUGUUUAACCCCAACAUGAGCUCCUUCAAGCACGAGAACGUGGAGGACCUCUAUGAACUGCUGGAGAAGUUGGGCAGCGGUCACUUCGGCGAGGUGAGGAAAUGCAAAGAGAAGAGCACGGGGUCCCUGUACGCGGGGAAGUUCAUCAAGACCCGAAAAUGUAAAGGGAGCCGCCUGGGCCUGGAGCGCGAGCAGGUGGAGCGAGAGGUCUUCAUCCUCCAGCAGCUGGAGCACCCCAGCGUCAUGAAGCUGUACGACGUCUUCGCCAGCAAGGCCGAAAUGGUCCUCAUCCUGGAGCUGUAAG